AUGACUGACAAAUUAAUUAUGCUUGUGAGCCUGGUGGUUCUUCACAGCAUGUUUAUAAAUGGAAGAACAACAUGUAAAUGGCACCUGGUGGAAGAAUGGCGUACACAGCCCUCAACAUAUGUGGUGAAUUGGACAGUGACAGAAAACAUCUGCCUGGAGUUCUAUGGGGAUUGUUGGUUUGGAGAUGUAAAUACUAAAAUGAAUACUUCUGGCAAUCAAGUUGUUCCCCAGAUUUGCCCUUUGCAAAUUCAAUUAGGAGACAUCCUUGUAAUUUCUUCUGAACCAUCUCUUCAAUAUCCAGAAAUAAAUGUGAUGAAUGUUUCUGAAGCAUCAUUCAUUGACUGUCUGCAAAAUACCACAACUGAAGAUCAGUUACUUUUUGGUUGCAAUCUAAAAGGAAUGCACACUGUUAAUUCUCAGUGGCUGAGUGUUGGGACACAUUAUUUCAUCACAGUAAUGCCAAGUGGUCCAUCCCUUUGUCAACUGGGACUUCGACUAAAUGUGACGGUGAAAGAGCAGUUCUGCCAGGAAUAUCUGAGUUCGGAGCUUUGCUCUGGGCAUGGUACAUGUCUUACUGAAGUUUGGAGCAAGAUAUACAGUUGCCAUUGCCAGCCUCCAUUCUCUGGGAAAUACUGCCAGGAGCUGGAUUCAUGUUCCUGUAAGCCAUGUAAAAAUAAUGGCAGUGGCAUUAAUAAAAGAGAAAAAUGGAAUAAGCAAGGAUAUGAAUGUAUCUGUCACCCACAAAUUACAGACAUAAAUUGUUUAGAAAUAAUUAGGCAGUGUCAACCACAUAUCUGUUUCCAUGGGAACUGCAGAAAUAUUACUGCAAAUAGUUUCAUUUGUGAUUGUGAGGAACCAUUUUCAGGUCCAUUCUGUGAGGAGUCAAUGGAACAUUGUGUUUCUCUGUCUUGUUGGAAAGGAGAAAUUAGUCAAAAUAAAAGCUCUGCUUACAUUUUGGAAUGCACAGAAGAAUUUCUCAAUCAAAACUGUGAAACCUAUGUCAAUGAGUGUUCACCAAAACCAUGUCAGAAUGGUACUGACUGCAUUGAUAUUCCAAAGGAUAUCAUGUGCAUGUUUUCACCAAUAUGUACAGUCAAGUUUUGUAAGCAACUUCAAACACCACUGGAGUCUUGUCCUUGCAAGAUUAAUGCCACAAGUAUGAAAUAUGAGAAAGAUUAUCAUUGCAGUUGUAUUCCAGGAUUUACUGGAAAAAAAUGUGAGAAAGUAAUUGACUACUGCAGACUUUUCACCAUCAACUGUCUGAAUGAAGGAUGGUGUUUCAAUAUAAUCGGAAGAUUCAGAUAUAUAUGCACUCCAGGGUGCACAAGAAAUUCAUGUCGAUUUGUAAAGAAUGCUUGCUUAAUUCAUCUGUACGCCUGCUACUGUGGAGCCAUCAGCCAUGAUAUUUGUCAAGCUGAAGUUGCAAGUCCUCCUCAAUUUAAAUAUGUGUGGCAAAUGAAAUUUACAGGAUCUGAAGGUGAAAAUCGUGAAGUGGUUACUGGUGGCUACUUCUUUCUCGCUUGCAGCUGGACGGAAGGUGCUGUCAGUCUGAACCGAUCCGAAGACCUUGGUCACGUGUGUUGGUUCCUACGUGAAGGAACAAGGAAGAUAUGUGUAAAUGGAUGUAGUUGGUUGAUUAAAGAAGAUGAUAAGGGAUAUUGGUGCCUAUGUACUUCCACAUGGUUUUGCAAAAUGUGUCUGGAAAACGCAGCUGACUAUGAAGAAAGUAGGUGUCAACAAGAAGCUAUUUAUGAAGAGGAAAUUAAUAUAUCCAGAUGCAGCUGUUUCCUUGGUCACGUGUUUAGAGUCGGUAUACUCAAUGUUGAUGACUGCUUAGGAAACCAGAGCACAUCAGUGCAAGGCCUCUGCCUGGCCCAUUUGCACACCUGCAGUUGUAGCUCUCUGCAAAGAUGUGAAAGACACAUGUGUGAAAUAGAAACUGAAGAUUGUAAAUCUGCGCCCUGCAGAAAUGGAGCAACAGGUACACAUUUAAGUGGCUAUUUCUUUGGCAAAUGUGUCCCAGGAUUUACAGGCAACAAAUGUAAAAUAGAAGUAGAUGAGUGUGCUUCACAUCCCUGCAAGAAUGGAGCCACCUGCAUUGACCAUGCUGGUAAUCAUUCCUGUCAAUGCGUGGCUCCAUUUAAAGUGGUUGAUGGCUUCUCCUGUUUAUGCAGUCUGGGCUCUGCUGGUCUGAGGUGUAAACAGGACUUUGAUGACUGCAUCCUAAAUGCCCAUGAGAACAAUUCUACCUGCAAAGAUCUGUGUCUGAACUACCAGUGCGUGUGCCUUUCUGGUUGGGAAGGAUAUUUUUGUGAACAAGAAUCCAAUGACUGCAAAAAGAAUCCCUGUAAGAACAAUUCCACCUGUACUGACCUUGGCAGUGGCUAUCGCUGUGAAUGUACAUCUGGAUGGACUGGACAGAACUGUAGUGAAGAAAUAAAUGAAUGCGACUCUGACCCAUGCAUGAAUGGAGGUCUUUGUCAUGAAUCUUCCACCCCUGGGCAAUUUGUGUGCCUGUGCCCACCCUUUUAUACUGGAAAAUUUUGCCAUCAACACUAUAACCCCUGCGAUCCACUCAGUGACUCUUGCCAAAACAAAUCGACAUGCUUGACUUUGGUAGAUGGAAAUCAUUAUUGCAUUUGCAGAGAAGGAUUUAAAGAUGAACACUGUGAAAUUAACAUGAAUGAGUGCUCCCCCCUUCCUUGUCAGAACUGUGGUGACUGUAAAGUUGGGGUCAACAAUUUCAGGAGUGUUUGCAGACCUGGGUUUUCUGGACCUCUAUGUGAAACUAGUGAGUGUUCCUCUAAACCUUGUCAAAAUAAUGGAAUCUCUGUGGAUCUGACAAGUAGACUUCUAUGUAAUUGUGAACCUGAGUAUCAUGGAUCUUUUUGUGAACUGGAUAUAAAUGAAUGUGAAAUCUCACCUUGUCCUGAUGGAGAAAAUUGUGUCAAAAGAACAGGUGGAUACAUCUGCCUCUGUGCUCCUGGUUAUUCAGGCAUCGAUUGUGAAAUAAAUAUAGAUGAAUGUCUAUCAAAGCCCUGUCUCCGUGACGGAACUUGUAUUGAUGGCAUAAAUCAUUACACCUGUGACUGCAAGAGUGGGUUUUUCGGAACACACUGUGAAGCAAAGGCAAAUGACUGCCUCUCACAUCCUCGUCUACAUGGCAGAUGCAUAGACUUCAUUGAUAAGUAUCAAUGUUCAUGCAGUGCAGAAUGGACUAGCUCAAGAUGUAACAUCAAGAUUAAUGACUGCACAUCUAUCCCUUGUAUGAAUGAAGGCUUCUGCCAGAAAGCAGCCCAUGGCUUUACUUGCAUUUGCCCAAAUGGUACAUAUUGUGAAGUAAAUAUUAGCAGUUGUACUGAGCCUGAACUGAAUGUGGUCCUCUGCCUUAACGGAGGGAUAUGUGUUGAUGGACCUGGACACACUUUUUAUUGCAGAUGUCUCCCUGGAUUUUCUGGGAAAUUUUGUGAAAUUAACAUAAAUGAAAGUUCUUCAUCACCAUGUCUAAAUGGUGUGAACUGUGAGGAUCACAUCAAUGGAUAUAUUUGCAAAUGUCAACAAGGGAGAUCAGGACGUCCCUGUGAGAAAGAACUUUAUGAGUGCCUUUCCAACUUACAUGUUCAUGGAAUGUGCAGAGGAAAUGAACCCGGUGAUGGCUUGCCAUGUUUAUGCACACCUGGACUUGUGACCUGCUCCAUUGGGCUUCUCUGUGGUAAUGAAAUAAGAAGAACCACCUGUUUACCUCCCAGCUCUCAAGGAAAAGAGGCCACUUCCACACAAACAUACACAGUGCCCACCUCGGGGACUUCAGUCAGUAGCAUCUCACCUGCCAGGGCUACCCAACUGUGGGCCAUAGUGAACACUCCUCCAGUUAGUCAAGGUCCAAAACAGACAGACAUUUUCCAGCACAACGUUCUCCCAACCACUGGUUUGGCAGCAUUAGAUAUUGGCACGUCCUCUGAAAGCUAUUUACUCGAAGAACUGAUUUCCACUAAAGAGAUUUCAGCAAAACACAGUCUUCCUUCUUCAGCAGAUGUUUCCUCUUCUCAGUUUCUGAAUUUUGGUGUUCAUGACCCAGCACAAAUCGUCGGGGGCAAAACAUCUGUAUCACGUAUGCCCAUCCAAACUCCAGCGGGCGCACCAGGACUCCUUUUCCCUGAUAGGGGAGAGAGCACCCUGUUUAUCGUCUCUUCCUUAAUGACAGAUUUUAUUUUUCCCACACAAUCUUUAUUAUCUGAGAGCUUCCGGACUGUUGUCUUGUCUGCUACCACAAUGAGUUCAGUAAUUAGUGGCGUUCCAGGGACUGAUGUUGAGUUAAACAGACACUCAUUACUCUCCCGUGGAUUCCCACCCACAACUGCUUCCAUGAGUGCACCUCCAGUCGUCUCUCAAGAGGAUAUUGAAGAAAAUUCAGCUCUUUCAUUAAUUUCAAGAAGAGAGUCCUGGAGACUGCUGAGCUCCUCGAUGUCUCCCAUUUCUCCUGCUAAGAUAAUCAUAUCCAAACAGGUAGCCGUCUUAAACUCAUCAACUCUGCACCGAUUCACCACACAAGCCUCCAUUCCCAGUGAAGAUCAGAUUAUUACCGAAGCAUCCAGCAACCAGAGACUCACAAAUAUCAAACCACAGGCUGCUGAUUCUUUAAGUGAAUUAAGCCAAACAUGUGCAACGUGUUCUAUGACUGAAAUAAAAUCCUUUCAUGAAUUUUCAGAUCAAGUUUCGCAUAGCAAACAGUCCCACUUUUACGAGACAUUUUGGAUGAAUUCAGCAGUAUUAGCCAGCUGGUUUGCACGAAUGGGAACUCAAACUAUCACUUCUGGACAUUCACUUCCUUUGGCUGCUGAAAUUACGCCAUCAGUGGCAAUCACAGAACUGUCAUCUUUAUUUCCUUCUACAAAGAGUACAAAAAGAGGAAUUUUAAUCUCAUCUGUAGAAGAAUAUGUUACCCUAUCAAGUAAUUUGGAUGUUAAUUUAUGUUUGGAUAAGUUGUGUUCAUCCAUUAUCCCUUCACAAACUGUCCCGUCAGACCUGAUGAAUUCGGAUUUGACUUCAAAACUGAUUACUGAUGAUCCUUCAGUAUCAGAAAACAUUUUUAAACUAUUGAAAAUAAGACCCUAUGGUAUAACUUUGGGUCCCACUGAGAUGCUGAAUGAAGACAAGUUCCUGGGCAUGCGAGAGCAUGAAGGGUCUUAUACCCGGUUCAAACCUCACACAAGGCAUGGGUCUCUAGAUUUUGAAUUAAACUUUCAAAGUCAUCCAGAAACUAUACAUUCAAGUGACCUCAAAAACAAGCUGCCACCACAUGUAGACUCCACAUCUGAUUUUUCAGAAGUAACCUCUCCUGUAGCAUUUUCUAUAGUUUCAGCAACUCAAUCACUUCCAAUACAGACCUCUGUCCCCAUGUCUGUAGUUAUGCCAGAUUGGACAUAUUAUACAGAUUAUCUGACCUUAGCACCUGAUUUAAAAGAAGAGGUCAGAACUUCUUCAGAAUGGUCCAGAUGGGAGCUGCAGCCUCGUGGGCAUGGUCAGGAAUCUCCUGAAGCAAGUCAAAGGCUUUCCAUCACUAGGUCUCUUAUCUGGUCUUCCCUGGAGCCCAUUCUGGCACCUCCUCAGCUGAUGAUUUCUGAUAUCAGUUGUGUUUGUUAUUAUGGAGAUUCCUAUCUAGAAUUUCGGAAUGUGUUUUUAAAUCCACAAAAUAACAUCUCCCUAGAAUUUCAGACCUCCAACGCCUAUGGACUCCUGCUCUACAUCAAACAAGACUUAGAUUCAGUAGAUGGACUUUUUAUUCAAUUAUUUAUUGAAAAUGGUACUUUAAAGUACCACUUUUUCUGUGCUGGUGAAGCAAAAUUGAAAAGCAUUAACACUACUAUUAAAGUGGAUGAUGGACAAAAGUAUACACUGCUUAUCAGGCAAGAAUUGAAUCCAUGUAAAGCUGAAAUGACUAUUCUAGGGAAGACUAUAAAAACAAGCGUAUCUAUUGAUUAUGUACCGGGAAAACUCCUGCCAGAAUCAGGGGCUGUCUUUAUUGGUGGACUUCCAGAUCUUCAUGGAGCAAACCAGAUUUCUGGACCAGUUGAGAAUUUUACUGGCUGCAUAGAAGUUAUAGAAAUCAAUAACUGGGGAUCUUUCAUCCCAUCCAAGGCAGUGAAAAAAAUUCACAUUGACAGUUGCAGAUCCCAGGAUUCUACGCCGCCAGCAACGUCCGCGUCUGUCGCUCCUCCUGGGGCCGCGGGAGGGGCCGGCUCCCCGGGGGCCUCGCUCGUCCCCCGCGCGGCGCCGGCCACGUGCCAGGGGCGCGUGUGUCACCACGGGGGCACCUGCCGCACCGUCCUCCUCCCGGGGGGCGUCUUCUCCUUCCAGUGCGACUGUCCGCUCCAUUUCACCGGCCGGUUCUGUGAACGAGAUGCAGGCUUAUUUUUUCCAUCUUUCAACGGGAAUUCCUACUUAGAACUGCCUUUUUGUACAACCCUGAGGAAGGAACGUAACAAAAUUGUUAACAUCUACUUGACGCUACAAACAAGCACUUUGAAUGGAACAAUUCUCUACAGUAAUGAGAAGAAUUUUGGACAACAGUUUCUUCAUUUAUUUCUUGUGGAAGGAAAGCCCACAGUUAAAUAUGGAUGUGGAAGUUCUCAAAAUAUCUUGACUCUUUCUGCUAAUUACAGCAUUAACAGAAAUGCAUUGAUCCCUAUAACAAUACGCUACACAAUGCCUGUUGGCAGCCCUAGGGUUGCUUGUAUGAUUGAAAUGGCUGCAGAUGGAAAACCUCCAAUAUGGAAAGAAGACACCAAGAUACCUCAUGUGUCCCAGGUAUAUUUUGAAAAAUUGUUCCUUGGCCAUAUCCCUGCAAAUGUUAAGAUUCCUAAGAAUGCAGGCCACGUUUGUGGAUUCAAGGGCUGCAUUCAAGAGCUUCAAGUAAACAACAAAGAAUUCUUCCUCAUCGAUGAAGCCCUGAGUGGGAAAAACAUUGAAAACUGCCACAUCCCUCGGUGUGAGCGUCAUCUGUGCCGCAAUAAUGGUACCUGUGUCAGUGAUAGUGAAACUUGGUUUUGUGACUGUCCAAGGCUGUACUCGGGCAAGCAGUGCCAGUUUGCAACUUGUGAAAGCAACCCAUGUAGAAAUGGUGCCACCUGUGUUCCUAAAUCUGGGACAGACAUUGUCUGCCUCUGUCCGUAUGGAAGGUCUGGUCUCCUCUGCACUGAAGCUGUUCACAUCACCCAGCCCAGUCUCAGUGGGAUGGAUGCCUUUGGAUAUACCUCGUUCCUGGCUUAUUCGCAGGUCCCAGACAUCAGCUAUGAUUACGAGUUCCACUUGAAGUUUCAGCUGGCAAACAACCACUCAGCAGUGCAAGACAACUUGAUAUUUUUCACCGGACAGAAGGGCCAUGGGCUGAGUGGCGAUGACUUCCUGGCCGUGGGUCUGCGCAGCGGCCGCGUGGUUUACAGUUACAACCUGGGAUCUGGCACAGCAAGUGUCAGCAGCGAUCCCCUCGAUCUGAGCCAUGGGAUCCACACUGUCCAUCUGGGGAGGUCCUUCCGAGCAGGCUGGCUGAAGGUAGAUGAUCAGCAAAAUAAAUCCAUCAUCUCCCCAGGAAAACUGGUUGGUCUCAAUGUCUUCAGUCAGUUUUAUGUAGGUGGCUACAGUGAAUACACUCCAGAUCUCCUACCAAAUGGAGCCGAUUUUAAAAAUGGCUUUCAAGGCAAAACUGCCAAGUUAACAUCAGGAGGAUACACGAGUGUACACCCAUCAGGGGCUCAAAUCACGCUGCCUUCUUUCUUAUCCUACAGCUGUAACUGUUCUGGUGGGUGGGAAGGAGCCUUCUGCACGGAGACAGUUCCCAUCUGCGACCCUGAGCAUGACCCCCCACACCGCUGCAGCAAAGGAGCAACCUGUGUUUCGUUGCCUCAUGGAUACACCUGUCACUGUCCACUGGGAACCACUGGGGUCUACUGUGAACAAGCUUUGUCUAUAAGUGAUCCAUCUUUCAAAAGCCACGAAUUAUCCUGGAUGUCUUUUGCUUCCUUUCCCGUUCGAAAAAAGACACAUAUUCAAUUGCAGUUCCAGCCUCUUACUGCAGAUGGCAUCCUAUUCUAUGUUGCCCAACGCUUACAAGCACAGUCAGGUGAUUUUUUAUGUAUCUCUUUAGUAAACGGUUCUGUUCAACUCCGCUACAAUCUUGGUGACAGAACUAUCGUUCUAGAAACUCUCCAAAAAGUAACUAUUAAUAGAAGUACUUGGCAUGUGAUAAAAGCAGGAAGAGAUGGUGCAGAAAGCUACCUGGCUUUGGAUGGGAUAAAUGUAACAGAAAAAGCCAAUGCUAAAAUGACCUCCCUGGACACAAAUACCGACUUCUAUAUUGGAGGAGUGUCAUCCUUAAAUCUUGUAAAUCCCAUGGCAACAGGGAAAGAACCUGUAGGUUUUCAAGGUUGUGUUCGAGAAGUUAUUAUAAAUAACCAAGAAUUACAAUUAACCGAAUUAGGAGCAAAAGGUGGUUCAAAUGUAGGUGACUGUGAUGGGACAGCCUGUGGGUACAAUGUGUGCAAAAACAGGGGUGAAUGUAUAGUAAAUGGCACAACUUUUUCUUGCAGCUGCUUACCACAUUGGGCAGGAAAUACAUGUGACCAGUCUGUGUACUGUUUGAACAAUCUUUGCCUCCAUCAAUCUCUAUGUAUACCUGACCAAUCAUUUUCUUACAGUUGUUUGUGUACUUUGGGUUGGGUGGGAAGGUAUUGUGAAAACAACACUUCAUUUUCAACUGCAAAAUUUAUGGGUAAUUCUUACAUUAAAUACACUGAUCCAGAUUACAGAAUGAGAAAUCUUCAGUUCACUACUAUAUCCUUAAAUUUCAGUACUACUGAAACAGAAGGUUUAAUUGUAUGGAUAGGAAAAGCUCAAAAUGAAGAAAAUGAUUUUCUGGCCAUUGGUCUCCAUAACCAGACCCUGAAAAUAGCAGUUAACUUAGGAGAAAGCAUCUCUGUACCUAUGAUUUAUAGCAAUGGUACAUUCUGUUGCAAUAAAUGGCACCAUUUAAUUAUAAUUCAAAAUCAGACUCUUAUUAAGGCCUACCUAGAUGACAAUCUAAUUCUCUCUGAGGAUACUGAUCCACACAAAAAGUUUGUUGCUCUAAACUAUGGUGGUAUUUGUUAUCUAGGGGGCUUUGAAUAUGGCCGAAAGGUAAAUAUUGUUACUCAAGAGAUUUUUAAAAGAAGUUUUGUUGGCAAAAUUAAAGAUGUAUUUUUUCAGGAUUCAAAAAGAAUUGAGUUAAUUAAAUCAGAAGGAUACAAUGUUUAUAAUGGUGAUGAACAAGAUUAG